AUGACUUGCAACAUCACGGCCACCCCGCUCGACAUCGAGCCACUCCCCCUGUAUCGACGAGAUCCUGAAACGAGCUCUCUACUCUCCUCGGCGCCUUCCUAUACAUCCGAGGCGCCCACCUACCAUAGCUCCGCCCGCGACAGCCAGAUAAUCGUCUCCGAGCCAGCACAGCAGCGUCGCCAGCCGCAGCCUUACUACGUCGCCACAUCGCUGCUCGAUAUUUCCGCGCCGCCACCGACAAGAUCUAACCAUUCCACCGCCGCCACCGCCGCCACCGACCGGCCAACAUCGACCGAUACCCAGUACAGCAGCAACAGCAACAGCAACAGCAACAGCAAUGUCCAGCGUCCACUGCUGCCCCGCCCCGGUGGUGUCAGCGGCCUGCCCUCGCCAACAUUCGCACCAGGCUUUAUCUCGCGCGCCCCGAACGCAGCGGCGUCCGACAACGAUGCCUUGCAGAGCGGCUACAACAUCGGCACGUGGAGCAGCGUGACGGCGAGCAGCCACCUACAACGGCGUCAGUACGAGCGCGUCGCCAUGCGGCGCGCCAGCCGCGCGGCGGGCAUCGACCGUGCCACGGCGCUGCUGGAGAGCAUGAAGCUAAGCAAUAGCGAGGAUCCGCCUACUAGUCCUGUGGGUGGCGAAAGUAGGGCAGAGACGCCCCCGCCGCCACCGUCGUCAUCAUCAUCCACAACGGAGGCCCAGGCUGGUGACGGUGAUCGUUGCGGCGGCGGCGGCGGCGGUGGUAGGGGAGAUGCCCUGGAAGCGGGUACGGAGAGAUCGACGGCAUCGGCGUCAGAUGUGGGCUCGGUUGCUUCUGAUGACACUACGGCGGCGACGGCAGCCUCGACAUCGUCGCCUUCCGUGUCGGAGCCGGUGCUGCCGCUUGAAGAUCCGGCGUUGGUGGUGCAGGAAAACAAGAGUUGGGAUUUCAUGUUGUCCCAGAUGGCCGAUUGGGAAGAGCGAGAGCGCAGUUGGAGCAAGUUCAGGUCGGAAGUAGAAAUGCGACAAGGCCGGAUCCGUGCGAUGGGUGUCGGUAUCGGAAGGUUGGGCGGAUUCGCAAUCGGCGACGGUUCUCGUAGCAGGGGCAAGAAGUGGAGUCUCGGAAAAGUGGGAGCACUGUAA